UUCAAGAUAUAGUUUGCGUAAUUGUCCAAUUGUCGGAGUGUGGUUAAUAAAUGAAUUGUUUCAAGUGUUUCUAAUUUAUAGAAAAAAAUAUUGUUAUUAAAACCGCGACUUAGCUACUGCGUCGUAUUAUUAAAGAAUUUGGAGAAGUGAUAAAACUUGGGGGGGAAUAGCUGGUAGAAUCUGGAAUUUCACAUGAAUUGCAAUAGAAGUCGAUUGUAGAAUCGCAUAAAAAAUUGUGGAAAAAUAGAGAACAUAAUCAAAUUGCUGCAACAACAAAAUCAACAGUUCUUGGCUACUUACAAUUGAUAUUUCCUUUGUGAACGUGUGACCAAUAAAAUUCGCCAUCACGUCGCAGUACGCACUUUUAACCGUUAAACACAUUAUUUGUGUCUACAAGGUGAAGAAAAAAUUCAGCGAACCAGUGAACAAUACGUAGAAUACACGCGACCACAAGCAUUCAGCAUAGCGGAGAAACAACCAGCGUCGAGUGUCAUCACUAGUCAUASCCGCAUACGCCCUGUAGUACAACUGCAACGACGCUCCAAUACACGGCACACGCCACACACACACACACGACAUACAUAUAUAGACGCCAAAACACGCACGCACCCACACAAGAUGCCAGUUCAAUCUCCUAUUGCAAUCAGCAAUCGCGCUAUUGAACAUAUCGACGAUGUCGAUCCGCUGGAAUAUCAUGGCCAUUGGGAGCCAGUGGGCAUUGCACGCGUCCAAAACACCGGCACCUCGGCAAUGGUGACAUUCGCCAAACGCCAACAACAGCCAUACAUAAAGGGCGGUUGCUUGCAUGACAACAAAUAUAUAUUUGAGCAGCUACAUUUCCACUGGGCGGACACGGACGAGUCRGGCUGUGAGCACACGCUAGAGGGUGUGAAAUACUCGAUGGAGGCGCAUGCCGUACACUACAAUGCCAAGUAUAAGAAUUUYGCUGAGGCCAAGAAUAAACCGGACGGUUUGGCGGUGGUGGCUUUUUUUAUACAGGCGUGCGGUGACAAGGAUUGUCCAGAGUUCAAAAAGAUCACUGAAGGCAUACGCAUCGUGCAGAAGAUAAAUACAAGCGCUUCGUUGGAUUCGGAUUGCUUGUCCUGGAUUGGUUUGCAGGAGCUAAGCAAACAUUAUUACACAUACAAAGGCUCGUUGACUACGGCGCCGUACUUUGAGAGUGUCACUUGGAUCAUCUAUCGUACGCCGAUAUACGUCUCUAAGGGGCAGGUGCAAGUAUUUCGCGAUCUACAAUCAUGUCCGAAGGAUGAGAGCAAGAAGAUAGUAAACAAUUACCGCGAAAUUCAACAGCCACAUAAAGAUCCGGAAAUCUACUUCGCGCGCAAUGCCAAACCAAAGUCGAAAUUAUGAUCUGUUGCUAGGCAGCAAGAUUAGAUGGACAAACAUGAACACACGCACCUUUACGUAUAUAUCACAAGCCGACAAAGCAGACGGAAUUGAAGUGUUAAACAAAAUACAUAGCUUAGCAGGUCACUUCUCACACGCAAAUAUAAUUUUACUAUGCACGCCUGUAGUUGCAGUUAGGUUGGCACUUUCUAUGUACAUCCAACGCUCACACAGGCCUAUAGAACGCAGUGUGCCUAAAUGUACAAACACCGGCGCACUGGACUAUUGAACUUAGCUCUGUCACUGUAUUUUAUUGAACACGUUAUUACACAUAUACCCACUUUGGUAUAUACCAUGUACGCAUAUUUGUAAUAAUCACCGUUAUAACUAAACGCCAGCGUUUACAACCACCAGCGUUUACAUUCUGCACGCUUACGAGUUAUCGUUUAUCGGUUGUUGUAUAACUAAAUUCUUUUUACUAAUAAAUUAUGUGAUUUAUGGUUGCAAGACAAGGCGCUCAUCGUGUGUUAUCUCCGGGUAUUACUUACCUCCAACUCUAAAAUACUGAUAAAAAUUUUCCUAAAUAAUAGUAUAUGCUACAUUUAUUUAAUUUUAUUAUAUUUAUAUAACUUGUGUAGGGUCUA